AUGAGCGAUGAUAGUAGCUUCAACCGCCAAACGACCGCGGACGCCGAAGGUAGUGCCCAACCCACCCCGGCCAACAAUGUGGGCGGUGGAGAAGGAUGGGGCGACAGGCUCUGGUUAGGUGGCAAAGAAGAAGGACUAGGUCACAAAGUGGCUACCAAUCCCAGAGAAACAAUGGGUGACUUCCUUGCUUUGCAAGAUCAGAAGACGCGUGGGCAAAACAAAUUCAUUCAACGUGAGAACUUGCUCGAUACCAAUGUUACACCCAUGAACGCCCAAGGAGAGCCAACUUGUGCCACUGAAGAUCAUAGUUUUAUGACCCAUAAGGCUGGUGACCCGGAUACUUAUCCUGGAUGGGGUACAUUUAAGAACUUUUUUGGCAUGUAA